AUGAAGACUGUCACUCCACGUGAUGGCGAUAUUCGCCUUUUGCUUACAUCCAAUGGCAUGCCAGGGACUCUUAACAACUUGACGGACGACGAGGCUAGCGACUACGAAGAAAGCUUGCCCGCCUUCACCGGCGCACAAUAUGGGAAGCCCGCCAUAUCAAAACGGGUGUCCUCUCUAUGCAUGUCGCUUGCGCAGAGCCUCGGUCACUGGGGCUUUUGUUUGCUGAAAGCGCUUUCACCUAGCUUCACACAUCACCUAUGGAUGCAACGACCUUCAACCACUGGAACGGCAGGCUCAGUGUCUCGUGAUGGACAUCGGCCCAUUCUCUUCCUUGACGGCAUUCGAGGGGUCGCCUGCCUCGUGGUGUUCAAUUUUCACUUUCUUUACCCACAUACAUACACAAUCUUCCAGAACUUCGGCGCCCCGACUCCAGAUGGGCAGCAUGACUUCUUCCACCAGCUCCCUUACGUGUGUCUGAUCUACCGCGGGCGGGCGAUGGUGGUCCUGUUCUUUGCCCUCUCCGGGUAUGUCCUCAGCUAUAGAUACUUGUCACAGAUACGGCAUCAUGCCUGGGAAGGGUCACAGAAGUCGAUUGCUUCGCUCACUUUACGACGAUUCGUGAGACUAUACGUUCCACCUACAACAAGCAUGUUUCUUGUCAUGGUGGCGGCUUUCUUUGGAGCAUUUGAGCCUGGUCGCCGCUUCCAGGACAGCGAUUGGCGACACGGGCCAGCAGAGCAACAUCCAGUUCAGCAAGCGACAAUUUUGGCACAGCUCAGUGACUUUGCGCGCAUGUGGUGGGAUUGGAGCAACCCCUGGACCUGGAAUCCUUAUUUCAGCCACUAUGAUCCUCACACAUGGACGAUCCCCCUUGAGUUUCGCAGCUCUAUAGCUCUAUUUGCGUUGCUAGUUUCCCGAACCAGGCUUCGAGUAUUCUAUGGUUUCGCUCUCACGCUUGUGGUUGCACUGUACUGUCUGUUCUCGGCCCGGUGGGACGUUGCGGUCUUCCUCGGCGGCUCUCUAGUCGCCGACGUGCAUAUUGCGUUGUCGAGCAGACAGGCUGGCGUGGUUACACUCUCUCCCACGACAAUCAGGGGAGUUGCUAGAAAGAGCUAUCAAGAAAUCCCUAAGACGCUCGUUACUCGAUUGGGGCUGCUUCUAGGGCUUUACUUGUUGUCGUUUCCCGACGAAGCUAGUGAGGUGACCCCGGGCUAUAAGACAAUGGCAUCGUGGACACCAUCGAACUAUGGCCACAAGUAUCUAUUCUGGCAUUGUAUCGCAUGCAUUAUACUCCUGUGGUGCUCAGGCCUGGAUGAAAUCAUCAAGAGACCGUUUGAAACGAAGGUUGCUCAGUAUCUGGGUAAAAUAUCAUACGCACUGUACCUGGUUCACGGCCCUUUGCUGCAUUCCCUCGGAUUCGCCUUACAGCCUCGAAUUUGGGAACGCAUUGGCCAUGAGUCAACAUCUCAAUGGAUACUUGGGCUUUUUGUGGGAUGGAUGCUCAUGCUUGGGUGGUCAAUUGUGGUUGCCGAUCUUUUCUGGCGUUGCAUUGAUGCGGCUCUAGUGUCCUUCACCAAACAAAUUGAGCAGGCAAUAUCAAUACGUUGA